AUGAAACGCAGUGAUUUGGUCGGGUUGCGACCGGGUUUUUUUGGAAAAGUAACUCUGGAUGUGAUUGCGAGAUGUGCUUUUGGGACGAAGUUGGACAACUUGGACGACCCCAAUAAUCCAUUUGCGGUCAACAGCGCCAAAGCUUUUCGACCGCCUUUGUUCGACGGUGCUUGGAGUCUCAUCCCAGACCUUUUCCCGUGGACGCAGAUUUUUGGGCUUGAGGCUUUCAUAAGCCGAGAUUCAAUCGAGUUCUUCGUCAAGACUGUAGAAGAGGUCAUAAAAUCGAGGAAAGCUGACGGUUCUAUUGGCAAGCGUGGGGAUUUUCUCGACGUUCUCCUUGAAGAAGCUGCCGCAGAAAAGGCAAACAGGGCCAAAGAUCCGAAUGCAAAAUCCAUCUUAUUGGACGAAGAAGUUCUUAUUUCGCAAUGCGUCACAUUUUUCGCAGCAGGUUACGACACUGUUGGAACUCAACUUGCGAUGGCGGGACAUUACUUGGCAUUGUAUCCCGAGUGCCAAGAAAAGCUUCACAAAGAAGUGAAAGCAGUGGCCGAGAAAUACGUGAGUUGCGCUGCAAACAAGAUUCCUGAUGAAAAUAAUCAUCUUAGAAUCGACCGAGAAUGUACGAAGUCUUGCGAAAUCAAUGGACUGCAAUUCAAAAAGGGAGAUGCAGUGGUCAUCCCCAUGUGGUCCAUUCAACAUAAUGAGGAAUAUCAUCCUGAUCCAGACACUUUCCGCCCUGAAAGGUUCGCACCGGAAAACAAAUCGAAAAUGGUCCCAUACACGUACUUUCCCUUCGGCCAAGGACAAAGGGCAUGCAUCGGAAUGCGAUUCGCUUCAGAGCAAUCUAAGCUGACCCUGGGUCACUUUAUCCUGUCUUUCAAACUCUCCAAAUGUUCUAAAACAAACCAUCCACCAAAAUAUGAAGGAAACCGCAUCAUCUCAAUGCCCAAGGACUUGUUUGUCAGGAUUGAAAAGCGUGUCGAAUAAUAAGAAGUCAUGUGCUUCUGUCAAAUUUUUCAUCGAUUCAACUGCAUUUACUAUAUAAAACUUUGUGAAUCGUGUUACAGUAUUUUCUCCCUCGGAACUCGUGAUAAAGCGCUCAAAAACUCGCAGCAGACGAUGAAAGAAUUUUUCUUCAUC